AUGAGCGAGCUUGUGUCAUCUCUUCCCGUUAAACCUGACAUUUCUAAACCACGUUGGGAUCAGAGCACAUUUGAAGGUCGCGCGAAGCACUUCUUCACCACAACGAAUCCGUUGAAUCUUCUGCUAAGUGAUGAAGUGCUCGAGAAAAGCAGGAAAAUUGUGGUUGAUUACAGAAAAGGUUUGUAUUCCAAAGACCUCACGGUAGAUCAGUUAUGGCGUGCGAAACAGAUUUAUGACUCUGCCUACCAUCCAGACACUGGAGAAAAGAUGUUCAUCUUAGGAAGAAUGAGCGCGCAGGUGCCCUGUAAUAUGACAAUCACUGGAGGAAUGCUCACAUUCUAUAAGAAAACGGCCCACGUGGUAUUUUUCCAAUGGAUUAACCAGACUUUUAACGCUAUUGUCAACUAUACGAAUCGAAGUGGGCCAAAUCCGAUCACGAAGGAGAGGUUACUCGCUUCGUAUGUUUGUGCUACCGGUGGAGCUAUGGGUACAGCUCUUGGUGCGAAUUAUAUGCUAUCAAAAAUGAAGAAUGUUCCGAAAAUUAUCGCAGCAUUGGUGCCUUUUUUGGCAGUGGCGGCAUCAAACGCAAUAAACAUUCCUAUGAUGAGAAGCAAUGAGUUCGUAGUGGGGAUUCCCGUAGAAGACGAGAAGGGCACUGUAUUAGGCUCUUCUUUGAAUGUGCCAUAUUACGCUAUUCCCCAAGUGACAAUUAGCCGGAUAGGUAUGGCCGUCCCAAGUAUGGUAUUCGGACCAAUCCUGUUUCAGCCAAUCACUAGGAUGCGAAGUUAUAGGACAUGGAUGGCAACACCAAUUCAAACACUCAUGGCUGGGUUCUUCCUAACGUUUUCAACGCCACUCUGUUGUGCAAUUUUUCCUCAGAAGACGUCUAUCUCGGUCAGCCGUCUGGAGCCAGCAAUGCAACAUCAGAUAAAGAACAUGAAAAUUCCUCCUACUGUUGUGUAUUACAACAAAGGCCUGUGA